GUAUUUGUGACUUUUCCUGUAACAUUUGGCGACAAUUUGUAUGAGACCUGGAAAGUGAUUUACCUGCAAAAUAAGUGCUCGCGCAAGGAAGCUCUGCCUUGAAUUUGAUCACCGCAGCAUCGCUGGACGCAGUUGUUAUCGUUCCAUCUCUCGUAUUUUGCAAGCAAUUACAGAUCCCCAUUCAGAAAGAACAAUAGCAGAUCCCCAUUCGGAAAGAACAAUAGCAGAUCCAUCUGUAUAUCGUGUUCGUCGACCCGAAUCCCCCUGAUUCAAUCAACAGAAAGGGGGAAAAGGGGCGUGAAUUGGGACGAGCAAAAUGGGGCCACUAUACUAUAUAUUAGUGGCGCUUCCUUGCACGAUUGGGGCAAUUGGAUUGGCGCUUCUUCACAUUUACCGACACCUUUUGAAUUACACUGAACCCACGUAUCAGCGAUACAUUGUCCGCAUCAUUUUUAUGGUUCCUGUUUAUGCAUUGAUGUCUUUCUUCUCACUUGUAUUCAAUAAGAGCUCAAUCUACUUCAAUUCUAUUCGAGAAGUCUAUGAAGCUUGGGUUAUAUACAAUUUCCUAUCACUGUGCCUGGCAUGGGUAGGUGGUCCGGGUGCUGUUGUUAUAAAUCUCACUGGACGCGUCCUUCAGCCAAAUUGGUGUUUGAUGACAUGUUGCUUCCCUCCCAUUCCGCUAGAUGGGCGAUUUAUAAGGAGAUGUAAACAAGGCUGUUUGCAAUUUGUCAUUCUUAAACCUAUAUUGGUGGCAGUUACUUUCAUACUUUAUGCAAGGGGGAAAUAUCAUGAUGGCAAUUUCAGCGUGGAUCAAUCAUACUUAUAUCUCACCAUUAUAUACACGAUUUCUUACACUAUGGCGUUGUAUGCUUUGGCCUUGUUUUACGUGGCAUGCAGGGAUUUGCUCCAGCCAUUUAAUCCAGUUCCAAAAUUCAUCAUUAUCAAGAGUGUUGUUUUUCUGACCUAUUGGCAGGGUGUUUUGGUUUUUCUUGCUGCAAAGUAUGACUUCAUAGAAAACGCAGAGCAAGCUGCGGAGUUCCAAAACUUCAUAAUUUGUGUUGAGAUGCUUAUUGCUGCUGCGGGUCAUCUUUAUGCUUUUCCAUACAGAGAGUAUGCUGGUGCAAAUGUUGGUGCAACCCGUGGGUUUACAGCAAGUCUUGCACAUGCCUUGAAAUUGAAUGACUUCUAUCAUGACACUGUUCACCAGUUUGCACCAACAUAUCAUGAUUACGUACUUUACAACCAUAGCAGUGAUUCAGGUGAAGAAAGUGGUAGGAAAUACAGGGCACGCACGUUUGUCCCAACUGGUUCGGAAAUGGACACUGUUAGGAAAAGCAAGCAAUUUUCCGGAAACAAGUUAGAUGACAUACAACUAUCUAGUAUGUCAUCAUCUGGGGACAGCACACCUGAAAACGUUAACCCAACAACAAAAACAGAGGCAAUUGAAUCAUCACUGCUAGUGGACGUCUCAGAUUCAGCAGAGAUAGAACCCUAUGAGCUUACACUAGUAGAUAUCAACAUGUCUAGUUACCCAGAAGAGGUACCCGCAGUGCAAGAAUCAGAGACCAGAUGAUCUGGCAAAGGUAUUAUUAACUCAUAGUUUUUGUUUAGUGAUUUGCGAAUCUUGAUUUGUUAGAGAUACCAUGUGAAUGAGGCUUCUGGUCAUCUCUGUCUUCCUAAAUGUUAGGCUUUGUACAUUUAAUCAAAAAGAAAACCUUUUUUGUCAAUUUUUUUGUUUGUAGAUGUGAUCUGUGGCAAGUUGUAUAUGCAGCGACCUUACACGACGGUGCUUGCUCGAAUGAUUACAUAUACCUAUGAAAUAAGGUUUCUUUGAUUCU